GGCCCGGCUACCGUCGAACCACGCCAGAAAUUUUUUUUUUUUUUUUUUCUCUGCAACCUUUGUUACAUAGCGCCGAGGCUACGAGACCAUAGUUUAUAUAAAGCCCCCAGCCCCCUAGGGUGGUGGUUUCUACCAAUAUGAAUCUUUUCAACUUGGACCGUUUUCGCUUUGAGAAAAGGAAUAAGAUUGAGGAAGCACCCGAAGCAACCCCUCAACCCUCCCAGCCUGGCCCUUCUUCACCCAUUUCUCUUAGUGCUGAAGAGGAGAAUGCUGAAGGGGAAGUUAGCAGGGCAAACACUCCUGAUUCAGAUAUAACUGAAAAAACAGAAGAUUCUAGUGUUCCAGAAACUCCAGAUAAUGAAAGAAAAGCAAGUAUAUCAUAUUUCAAGAAUCAAAGAGGAAUACAGUAUAUUGAUUUAUCUUCUGAUAGUGAAGAUGUUGUUUCCCCAAAUUGCUCCAGUACAGUUCAAGAUAAAAAAUUUAACAAGGACACUGUGAUUAUACUGAUUUGUCUUAAGAGUUUUACAGAGCUUUGCGUGAAAGAAUAUGUGAACGUGUUGGUUUGCAUUUCGAAUGCUGUUACACUCGGAAGGGCGUCUCUGAAAGCCAGUAGCGGCUGUAUCCCACGAGGCGCCGCGUUUCUCAGACCUAAAGAAUUGGAUGUGCUUUGUGGUGGGCCUCGAAAAAGAAAAUUAUCUUCUUCUUCAGAGCCAUAUGAGGAAGAUGAAUUUAAUGAUGAUCAAUCUAUGAAAAAGACAAGACUGGAUCAUUUGAUUGAAUCAACGAGCACUAUGGACGGGGCAAUUGCUGCUGCCUUGCUGAUGUUUGGGGAUGCAGAUAUGCAAUUUGUGGCGUCCCAAAGUGAAGUUCCAAAUGGAAAAGAAGUUUCUUCAAGGAGUCAAAAUGAUCCUAAAAAUGCAGCUAAAACAAAACUAAAACAGAAAUUUUCCAUGAAACCACAAAAUGGUUUUAACAAGAAACGUAAAAAAAAUGUAUUUAAUCCAAAGAGAGUCAUUGAAGACUCUGAGUAUGAUUCGGGUUCUGACGCCGGUAGCUCACUAGAUGAGGACUAUAGUAGUGGUGAAGAAGUGAUGGAGGAUGGCUAUAAAGGUAAAAUUCUUCACUUCCUUCAAGAUGCUUCGAUUGGUGAACUUACUUUGAUUCCCCAGUGUUCUCAGAAAAAGGCUCAGAAGAUAACAGAACUCCGGCCCUUUAAUUGUUGGGAAGCUCUGUUCACAAAGAUGUCCAAAACUAAUGGCUUAUCAGAAGAUUUGAUAUGGAACUGUAAAACACUGAUCCAAGAAAGGGAUGUAGUUAUAAGGCUUAUGAACAAAUGUGAAGACAUUUCAAAUAAACUGACCAAACAAGUCACCAUGCUCACUGGAAAUGGAGGUGGAUGGAACAUAGAACAACCGUCCAUUCUAAACCAAAGUUUGUCACUGAAGCCGUAUCAGAAGGUUGGUUUGAACUGGCUGGCAUUGGUGCAUAAACAUGGACUUAACGGCAUUUUGGCAGAUGAAAUGGGCCUAGGAAAAACUAUACAAGCCAUUGCAUUUCUGGCAUAUCUCUAUCAGGAGGGUAAUAAUGGUCCUCAUUUGAUCGUUGUUCCAGCCUCAACUAUAGAUAACUGGUUAAGGGAAGUUAACUUAUGGUGCCCCACUUUAAAGGUGCUUUGUUACUAUGGUUCUCAAGAAGAACGUAAACAAAUUAGAUUUAACAUUCAUAGUAGAUACGAAGAUUACAAUGUAAUUGUGACCACGUAUAACUGUGCAAUCAGCAGUUCUGAUGACCGUAGUCUGUUUCGACGGCUGAAACUUAAUUACGCAAUUUUUGAUGAGGGCCACAUGCUGAAGAAUAUGGGCUCCAUCCGCUACCAGCAUCUUAUGACAAUUAAUGCAAAUAACCGUUUGCUGCUCACGGGCACGCCAGUGCAGAAUAAUCUGUUAGAGCUCAUGUCGCUGUUGAAUUUUGUCAUGCCACACAUGUUUAGUAGUAGCACCAGUGAAAUACGGAGAAUGUUUUCUUCUAAAACGAAGUCAGCAGAUGAGCAAAGUAUAUACGAAAAAGAGAGAAUAGCACAUGCAAAACAAAUUAUCAAGCCAUUUAUUCUCAGAAGAGUAAAAGAAGAGGUUCUCAAACAGCUACCCCCCAAGAAAGAUCGAAUUGAGCUGUGUACAAUGUCAGAGCAGCAGGAGCAACUCUAUUUGGGUCUUUUCAACAGAUUGAAAAAAUCUAUCAAUAACAUGGAAAAAAACACAGAAAUGUGUAACGUCAUGAUGCAGCUGAGAAAAAUGGCCAAUCAUCCUUUAUUACAUCGCCAAUACUACACAGCUGAAAAACUCAAGGAAAUGUCUCAGCUUAUGCUAAAGGAACCUACACAUUGUGAGGCUAACCCUGACCUGAUCUUUGAAGAUAUGGAAGUUAUGACAGACUUUGAACUACAUGUACUUUGUAAACAAUAUCGACACAUUAAUAACUUCCAGUUAGACAUGGAUUUAAUUUUAGAUUCUGGAAAAUUUCGAGCUUUAGGAUGCAUCUUGUCUGAAUUGAAACAGAAGGGUGAUAGAGUUGUAUUAUUUAGCCAAUUUACCAUGAUGCUGGAUAUUUUAGAGGUUCUCUUAAAACAUCAUCAGCAUAGGUACCUCAGAUUGGAUGGAAAAACUCAGAUUUCUGAAAGCAAUGCUGGUGAUGAAGGGAGUAUGCCAGCGGAUAUAGCCACGUUACUAAAAACGUCAAUGGGCCUGUGAAACAAGAAUUGCGAAUUCCUAAUUGAUGAGGAAAUAUCAACUUGGUGCACUCAAGGACAUUUACAUUAUGAUGACCAUGGGGUUUAUGGACAUUUAUAACUUUUUAUAAUUUCCAUAUUGCAUUUCUCAUAGUAUGGAAAACUUUUUUGCCACUAACUGAAUUCUCCAGACGCUCACACGUGAAAUUUCAAAAAAAGCCACAAAUAUGAAGUCCUGAAGACGUUGAAUAAUCAUUUUACAAAGCAGUUUUCUGAAUGGGGAUUAGUUGGUGAUUGUUUGUAACAAAUACGCUAACGCUUUAGAAAUGUCAGUAUUUUUGUAAUUAUUUCUACCUCCAAAUAUAUAUAUAUAUUGUCUUUCACUGGAUAAUGUGUGUAGAUUUUUACAUGUGCCUUAUUUGACAAUGCUUAUGUCUUGUUUUUGCUCGUCUCAUUUGAAGUUCUUUUUUAUUACGUUAGUUAAAACUGCAACUGUAUAGGUUAUAUAGCUUUCAUUUUAUUGCUAUUUGAAGCAGAUGUUCACCAAUGUCAACAAGAACUCAACCUGAAUUUAAAGGUGGCAUUCCAUAUACUGACACCCCCCAGGUCCUCUCAGAUACUUCUGUUAAAACACAUUUGUUUGGCUAGGCACUAAGUUGUUUUCCAGUGAAUAGUAACGAAAGAAGCCCAUAUCCUGCUCCAUGGAUUAAUUCCUUCCGUUCAUUUCCCAACCGCACUAAUUGUGCUUAUUACUCUGCCUAAUCUUGUGCAUGUUUUCAUUGAUUUCCCUCUCCUGGCUUUUGCUUCUCUUGAAACUGUUGCCCAGUCACUUCUGCUCCAGUUCUCUUCCUCUCUAAAUAGCAGUUGAUUCCUGCCACAACUCCACGCAUCAGCAAGAUGUCGGCGACAUUUUUCUAGCCUGGCAGAACAGAUUACCUUAAAGCUAUUUCACUUCAGAGCAGACUGAAAGUGACUUCCUAUUAAGGCAGCAUUAGGUACUGCAUGGAAAUAGGUCAUUACCUUUAAACUCUUAUCCAAAUAUAAUUUGCCAGUUUCCAGAAUUUCCAGUACAGGACCGCCUAAAGAGAGAGCCAUUGUUCGAUUCCAAUUCAGUG